AUGAGUUGGCUAGACACUCGAAUGGAGGAGCUACACCCGGCCCUGUGUGAACAUGUGCUGCUGCACAAGCGGUACAUCGACGAUGGGGUUGUGGUCUGGACGGGCUCGCUCGCGGACCUACACAGAUGGAUUGAGGGGUACAACAACCUACUAGAGGGCAUCUCCAUCACGACUGAGAUCAGCACGACCACAUUCACACUCCUCGACAUCACCUUCCGGAAAGGUACGCUGUGGGAGACGACCGGGAAGGAAAAUGUGCAAGGGGGGUUCUUGGACACCUCGGUGUACCAAAAACCUCUCAAUGCGUAUCAGUACUUUCCGUUCCGAUCGGCACACCCUCGACACUGCAAGCGGGGCUUCAUUAUUGGUGAGCUAUAUCGCUACCUCUUGAGGGAGUCUUCUGAGGAUGGCUUUCAGCAGAUGAAGUCCCGUUUUGCAGCUCGGUUACAAGCACGCGGGUACCACGCUACCUUUAUCGACAAGGUCUUCAGCGAGGUCACGUACGCCGACAGAGCUACACUGCUGCAGAAGUCGGAGAAAGGUAAGCAAAAGGACAGUCGAGUGCUACCAUUCGUGCUCGAGUACCACCCGAGUCUAGAGCACCCCGCCCUGAGUGACCCCAUCCGCAUACACGAGUAUCAAUACCACCGCGUGCUGUAG